AUGUCCGCACUUCAUCCACUUUUUGAUCACCAUGUAAAGCAUCAGCAGCAGUGGAGUUCCUUAGCUUCGGUAAUGAAUGACACUCGAGCCAGGCUGGAAAAACUGCAACAUGAUACGCAGGCCAAGCUGGACGAGAUGCAAACCCAACUAGCAGCCAUAAUUGAGGCUCUGGCUAUGAUAAACUCUUCAACUAAUACAAAGAAAGAGAGCUUAUCUGACAAGUUUGAGCAGAUCGGUUCCAGACGCUUCUAUAUCGAGAGGGACGAAAAGGAUACUUGGGACAAUGCUGCCAGUAAAUGUCUUCUGAUGGGCGGCUAUUUGGCGUCAUUCAGGAACAAAGAGGAGCUUGAGGCCAUCCUACCAAAACUGGAAGCACUAGAGGAAUACUGGCUGGGCAUCAACAAUCUGCAUACUGUGGCCUGCAUGGAGGAUGAGGACGAGGACGAGGAUCUGGCUGUAGAUGUAGAUGGAUUCAUUAAAACGAAUUGCUGCGAGUUUUAA